CCGUCAACGUGUUUAAAGACCCCAUCAUGUCCAUGCUUGCAGAACCCCGGAGAAAACAGAAGUGGUCUGUUGACCCGCGGAACAGCGCGUGGAGUAAAGACGAGUCCAAGUUCGGCCAGAAGAUGCUGGAGCGAAUGGGCUGGUCCAAGGGAAAGGGCCUGGGGAGAACUGAGCAGGGCUCCACAGAACACAUCAAAGUCAAAGUGAAGAACAACCAGCUAGGGCUGGGAACCACUGCCAGCCACGAGGACAACUGGAUCGCCCAUCAGGAUGACUUUAACCAGCUCCUGGCAGACCUCAACAACUGCCAUGGUCAAAACACUGCCAAUGAUGCCCCACCAGUGGAGAAACAGCAGGAGAAGUCCUUCAGCCUGGAGGAGAAGGCAAAGACGUCCAGGAAGAGGGUCCACUACAUGAAGUUCACCAAAGGGAAGGACCUGUCCAGCCGCAGCCAGACAGACCUGGCCUGUAUCUUUGGGAAGAGGGGGACGAAGCGCAUAGCCGAGGACCAGGAAGAGGAGAGCAGUGGGCCAGACUCCCAGGGAAUGAACGAGAAGGAGACCAGGGCAGUUACAGCACCAGCUACAAAGGUUACGACCCCUGAACCGGAUGUAGAGGCCAUCACCAAGACAGUCACCAGCAACCUCUCCAUGCAGGAGUACUUUGCCCAGCGGAUGGCUCAGCUGAAAAAGGGUCGUGGCGAGGCUCCCACUGCAACCUCAUCACCAGAGAACAGUGAUACGCAGCAAGUCCCGGCUGAUUUUGUCACUGACCACACAGAGGAACUCACGUCAAAAAAGAAGAAGAAGAAGAAGAGGAGAAAGAGAGAGAGGGAAGAGGAUGACGUGGUGGUGGUGAAGGAAGAGUGUGUCAUAGCUCCCGUGUCGGAGGGGCGCGAGAAGAGGAGAAAGAGAGAGAGGGAAGAGGAUGACGUGGUGGUGGUGAAGGAAGAGUGUGUCGUAGCUCCCGUGUCGGAGGGGCACGAGAAGAGGAGAAAGAGAGAGAGGGAAGACCGCCAAAUAGUAGACUUAACAACGGAGUGCGAGGUUGUAAAUAAGAAAUGGAGGGAGGAGUUGGUUGCCGUGGAGGAUGAGGUGAUCGUGGAGGAGGUGGUUGCCGUGGAGGAGGUGGUUGCCGUGGAGGAGGUGGUUGUCGUGGUAAAAGAGAAGAAAUCUAAAAGGGACAAGAAGAAGAAGAAGAAGCAGAAGAGAAUAGAUCUACAUUCUUUGUAGAACUAUUAGAACCGUCUUCUCUUGAACGGCGUCUCAAAUGGCACCCUAAUCCCUUUGUAGUGCACUACUCCCAUAUGGCUCGGAUUAUAAAGUAGUGCACUAUAUAUUAUUAUAGAGAGAGGAUAGGGUGCCGUUUGGGAUGCACCAUAGUCCUCAGGGUUUCUGUGUUACAGUACAGUAGGCCUCUGUUCAUACAUGAAAGAACUAGGUCUGUGCACAGAGUGAUUCUCAUCGGGUAGUUUGGACUGAAUAUCUGCCGGACAGAAUCUCGGUGGUCCUAAAGCUUCUGGAGACAUUCAGGAUGAGUGUGGUGCUUUUCCCAGAGAUACACUUUUAUAUAAGGAUCAUUGGGACUCUAUGUUCUCUGGAUGCCCCCUGUAGUCUCCCUGUAGUCUCCCUGUAGUCUCCCUGUAGUCUCUUAUCCCUGUAGUCUCUGCUCCCUGUAGUCUCCCUGUAGUCUCCCUGUAGUCUCUGCUCCCUGUAGUCUCUGCUCCCUGUAGUCUCCCUGUAGUCUCUGCUCCCUGUAGUCUCCCUGUAGUCUCCCUGUAGUCUCUGCUCCCUGUAGUCUCCCUGUAGUCUCCCUGUAGUCUCUGCUCCCUGUAGUCUCCCUGUAGUCUCCCUGUAGUCUCUGCUCCCUGUAGUCUCCCUGUAGUCUCUGCUCCCUAUAGUCUCCCUAUAGUCUCCCUGUAGUCUCUGCUCCCUGUAGUCUCCCUGUAGUCUCCCUGUAGUCUCUGCUCCCUGUAGUCUCCCUAUAGUCUCCCUGUAGUCUCCCUGUAGUCUCUGCUCCCUAUAGUCUCCCUGUAGUCUACAGGAAGACUACAGGGAGACUACAGGGAGACUAUAGGGAGCAGAGACUACAGGGAGACUACAGGGAGCCGAGACUACAGCAAGACUACAGGGAGUCCCGGCUCACUGUAGUCUCCCUGUAGUCUCUGCUCCCUGUAGUCUCCCUGUAGUCUCCCUGUAGUCUCCCUGUAGUCUCCCUGUAGUCUCCCUGUAGUCUCUGCUCCCUGUAGUCUCCCUGUAGUCUCUGCUCCCUAUAGUCUCCCUGUAGUCUCCCAGUAGUAUUAGACAGCCAUUCUACAACAGGACAGGGGGCCAUUCUAAAACAGGACAGGGGGCCAUUCUAAAACAGGACAGGGGGCCAUUCUACAACAGGACAGGGGGCCAUUCUACAACAGGACAGGGGGCCAUUCUACAACAGGACAGGGGGCCAUUCUACAACAGGACAGGGGGCCAUUCUACAACAGGACAGGGGGCCAUUCUACAACAGGACAGGGGGCA